AGCCACUUAAACAGGAAAGAUGCGAAUGUGAUCGAUUCGAAAAAAGUUAAGCGCGGAGUUAACGAUGUAUCGUUUGAUAUUUUGGUCGAUUUAUUUUUGCAGCGCGUAUUGUAGUAACGUAAUCAACGUGGGGAUUAUUUUUGAUAAAGAUCAGGCGCACGAUGAUCCCAACUGGGAUGUUAUUACCCAAAAUAUCAAUCCAGAACUCAAGUUUACUGUUCCAGAAAUUAAAAAUGAUUUACCUUCGGAUGGGUUUGAAGCCACCAAUAUGCUUUGCAAUAUGGUGCAAGAAGAAAAUAGUAUAGCUGCAUUAUUUGGACCGAAGGAUGUAUGGAUGUCUGCAACACUAGAGACUGUAUGUUCUCACUUGAAUUUGCCUUAUAUUUUAAUAAACUGGAGACCGAGAAUUUUUGAAGCACAGGAUGUAACUUUCAACUUAUAUCCUGAAGCAUCCAUCCUGGCUCAGGCGUAUGGUACAAUAGUAAAGUCUCUUGAUUGGGAUACAUUCGUCGUUCUGUAUGAAGAUGAUGAAGGCUUGGUAAGGCUUCAAGACGUUUUAAAACUCCAGGAGCACAAAGACGACGUUUUUAAAAAUACACUUAUGGUUAAUAAAUUGGAUCCCUCUGGAGAUAGCAGAUAUAUUUUAAAGAAAAUUAGAAAUACACCGAUAUCUAGAAUAGUAUUAGACUGUGCCACUGACAAAAUUAUUGAUAUUUUGCAACAAGCCAAAGAAGUUAAGCUAUUAACUGAUUUUACUACCAGUCUCUUUUUGACUUCAUUGGAUGCUCAUACAUUAGAUUUUUCCCCUGUGGGAACAAAAUCAAAUUUGACUACAGUAAGAUUAUUCAAUCCACAAGAAGACAAUUUCCAGAAACAAAUAUUUAAAUACUAUCCUGAGAGUGACCCCAGUCAAAUUACAGUUGAACAUGCCCUGAUGCAUGAUGCCAUGAUACUAUUAGCCCAAUCAUUAAACGUUAUGAACUCAAAGCAAGAAAAUGAGGAGAUAUCUUACGAUCCAAUAUACUGUAAUUCAACUGAAAAAUAUGAAGACAGGUAUGGUCUCGUAGAAGCCAUACAUGAGACUGAACUGAUUAAUGGUCUUACAGGUACAUUUAAAUUAAAGGAUGGAAUAAGGGACAGCUUUAUAUUAGAGGUAAUGGAAGUUGACAAAUUGGAUAGACCUAUAGGGAUAUGGAAUUCGGAAAAUCCAAAAUCGAUAUAUUUGACCAGAAAUGCUACUGAAAGAGAGGCCGAAAUUCAAAACAGAUUACAAAACCACAAGUUUAUUGUUACUUCCAGGAUAGGUCCACCUUAUUUAUUUGUAAAUCCAGAUCCCGAAGCUUCAGGAAACGGGCGUUAUUAUGGUUACUCUAUAGAUUUAAUCGCAGAAAUUGCUAAAAUAUUGAACAUAACAUUUGAGUUUCAAAUAACCCAAGACAAUUUACCAGCAAACUUAGUCAAAGAUUUAAAAGAACGGAGAGCUGACUUAGCCAUAUGCGAUUUCACAAUAACUCCCGAACGAAGAGAAGCUAUUGAUUUUAGCAUGCCUUUUAUGACAUUAGGAAUAGGAAUUUUGCAUAAAAAAGCUGAAGAAGUUGAAGAAGCAAAUAUGUACGGGUUUCUUGGUCCGCUGUCGUCUAAAGUAUGGUUUUACAUAGGCGCUCUCUACCUGUUUAUGUCAUUUCUCCUAGUGUUUAUUGCCAGGAUGUCUGCAGAAGAUUGGGAAAAUCCCCAUCCUUGCGACCAGAAUCCUUCAGAAUUGGAAAACAUAUGGGAUCUCAAAAACUGUUGCUGGUUAACUCUAGGUUCUAUUACUACGCAAGGUUGUGAUAUUUUGCCAAAAGGAUCGUGUACCAGAUUAGCUACCGCUAGUUGGUGGUUUUUCUCCUUAAUCAUUACCAGUUCAUAUACAGCUAAUUUGGCAGCUUUUCUAACUAUGUCCAGAAAGGAUGAUUCUAUUGAUUCGGUGGAAGAAUUAGCUACACAAUCCAAAGUCAAAUACGGCUGCCAAGAAGGUGGCUCAACAGCUACAUUCUUCGAAAAAUCAAAUAACUCAUUAUAUCAACGAAUGUGGAACAAUAUGGCAAUGGACAAAUCAGUAUUUGAAAGUAGUAAUGCCAAAGGAGUUGAGAGGAUCUUGUCAACCAAAAAUGCUUUAUACGCAUUCUUUAUGGAGUCUACUGGAAUUGAGUACGAAUUGGAAAGAAAAUGCGACUUGAGAAGAAUUGGAAAUUUACUGGACUCUAAAUCAUAUGGAAUAGGAAUGCCGAUGAACGCGGAUUAUCGACACUCUAUUAAUUCUGCGGUAUUAAAACUUCAAGAAACGGGAAAACUUAUAGAAUUAAAGGAAAAAUGGUGGAAAAAACAAAGAGAAGGCGAACCAUGUCCAUCGGAAGUCGAAGAAAACACUGACGCCUUGGCUUUAGAAAACGUCGGUGGUGUUUUUGUUGUUUUAGGGGUAUGCUUAGGAUUAGCAUUUAUAAUAGCAAUUUUAGAAUUCCUAUGGAACGUCUACAAUGUUUCGGUGGAAGAACAUUUAAGUUACUUCGAGGCUUUUAAAGUCGAACUGAAGUUUGCCUGUAACAUUUUUAUAACAAAAAAGAGAGUCAAACCACUUCUCUCGGAAUCAUCAUCAUCAAAAUCGGAGGAGGAUUCUAAAACUAACGCAGGGAUCCUUACCGGGGCAGCCUCGUUCUUAAACAUUAAUACCAGUAUUAUUCACAAAAUGGGAAACGGAAAUGUGGAUACCAAAUCGGUCCAUUCAAAAAAAUCUAACUCGAACCGAACGACCAGUUGAUAUUGUUUUAACCUUUAAAAUAAUACGAGUAGUAAUAUGUAAUAAAAUAUGUUUAGACUCUUAGAUAAUUGAGUAGAACAAACCUGAAAAAAAAAUCUAAAAAUUAGAAUAAGAUAAUAAAAAAAUGUACAAAAUAGAAUAGUAAUUUUUUGUAAACACCGCUGCAAUUUUAGUAUUUUUUGUCCAUUAUGCAAAAUUGUAUUAUUAUAUAGUAAACCACCGCUGACAAGUUGGUCUCCGUUGGAUCAACGCCCAGCAGUCUUUACAAAAAAUAACUACUUUUUUCUCUUUCGCCAAGU